GUCGAUCCGGCGUGUCAUCGACAGCCAAGCUGGCUAAUAUUCGCUGCUAGUCGAAUCGUUCGACAUCGGCCCUGUGCGUGGGGCUGUGCGGUCAGGGCCACCAUCACAAUGGGGACCCGAAUAAAAUGGUUAAUCACUACCUCGUUGCUAGUCUGGUAUGGACAACAAGCGAAUGCGCAAAUGUGGGCGGGCAAACUAGACGAUGUUUCGGUACAUAAGCGACAGGAGCAUCCAAGACAGAUACAACCACAGAUCGAUCCGAGCUACAGCAUCAUCGACACUGCCAGCGGGCCACUAGGACCACCGUCCAAGAACUGCACUGCGAGUGGUUGCUGUUUACCGAAAUGUUUAGCCGAGAAAGGUAACCGUGGCCUGCCCGGUCCGAUGGGCUUGAAAGGCGUGAAGGGUGUCCGUGGUUUCCCCGGCUCGGAAGGCUUACCGGGUGACAAGGGUACCAAAGGUGAGCCGGGUCCGUUUGGUCUGCAGGGACCGAAAGGUGAUCGGGGUCGCGAUGGCUUGCCCGGCUAUCCAGGCAUUCCCGGCACGAACGGUGUUCCCGGUUUGUCGGGCGCCCCCGGCAUACCCGGCCGGGACGGAUGCAACGGAACGGACGGUUUGCCAGGCUUCGAAGGUUUGCCGGGAAAUCCGGGACCGCGCGGUUUCCCCGGUGCCCCCGGCACGAAGGGUGAAAAGGGAGAACCAGCACGGCAUCCGGAAAACUACAACAAGGGCCAGAAGGGUGAGCCUGGUAACGACGGACAGGAGGGACAGCGCGGACCAUCCGGUAUUGACGGACCGAAAGGACACCCCGGAAGGCCCGGUGAAAAGGGUGUGCCCGGCAUACCCGGUGUCAGGGGCGAACGGGGCGACAAGGGCGUGUGCAUUAAGGGCGAGAAGGGCCAGAAAGGUGCAAAGGGUGAGGAAGUGUACGGCGCAACCGGUACGACGACGACGACGGGACCGAAGGGCGAGAAGGGUGAUCGAGGCGAUUCGGGCGAACUGGGACGGCCGGGUGAAAAGGGACAGGCUGGCGACCGGGGACAGCUGGGCGAACGUGGACACAAGGGCGAGAAAGGUUUGCCUGGACAACCGGGCCCGAGAGGGCGUGACGGUAAUUUUGGACCGGUCGGUCUGCCCGGACAGAAAGGUGAUCGUGGGUCCGAAGGCCUGCACGGACUGAAGGGCCAAAGUGGACCGAAGGGUGAACCUGGACGGGACGGGAUUCCUGGACAACCUGGUAUCUCCGGACCACCGGGGGCUCCCGGUGGUGGCGAAGGACGCCCGGGGGCACCGGGUCCGAAAGGACCGCGGGGCUACGAAGGACCACAAGGACCGAAAGGUAUGGAUGGAUUCGAUGGCGAAAAGGGCGAACGUGGACAGAUGGGACCGAAGGGCGGUCAGGGUGUACCUGGACGGCCGGGCCCGGAAGGUAUGCCCGGUGACAAAGGUGACAAGGGAGAAUCCGGUUCCGUCGGUAUGCCAGGCCCGCAGGGACCACGCGGCUACCCGGGACAACCCGGACCCGAGGGUCUACGCGGUGAAUCGGGUCAGCCCGGCUAUGGAAUGCCCGGACAAAAGGGUAAUGCCGGUAUGGCUGGCUUCCCUGGCUUGAAAGGACAAAAAGGAGAGCGUGGCUUCAAGGGUGUGAUGGGAACGCCCGGUGACGCAAAGGAAGGCAGGCCGGGAGCACCGGGAAUGCCGGGACGUGAUGGCGAAAAGGGCGAACCGGGUCGUCCGGGUCUCAGCGGUGCGAAGGGUGAACGGGGCUUGAAGGGUGAAAUUGGUGGCCGCUGUACGGAUUGCCGACCGGGACUGAAGGGCGACAAGGGCGAACGCGGUUACGCCGGUGAACCAGGACGACCGGGAGCGAGCGGUGUACCGGGCGAACGAGGCUAUCCGGGCACGCCGGGUGAGGACGGUACGCCGGGACUUCGCGGUGAACCCGGACCCAAGGGUGAUCCGGGACUGCUGGGGCCACCGGGCCCAUCUGGAGAGCCAGGACGCGAUGCGGAAAUUCCCAUGGAUCAGCUUAAACCCAUCAAGGGCGACAAGGGCGAACUAGGCGAGAAGGGUCUGAUGGGCAUCAAGGGCGAGAAAGGUUUCCCGGGACCGGUCGGACCGGAAGGAAAAGUGGGUCUGCGUGGCAUGAAGGGCGACAAGGGACGACCGGGAGAGUCGGGUAUCGAUGGAGCCCCGGGCGCACCCGGUAAGGACGGGCUGCCAGGUAGACACGGACAGACGAUCAAGGGUGAAGCCGGUCUAAAGGGUAAUGAUGGUUACGCGGGCGACAAGGGUGACAAGGGCUACGCCGGGCUGAAGGGCGAACCGGGCAAAUGUGCUAGCGCACCGCCGAACAUAAUGGAAGCGAUUCGGGGUCCGCCAGGGUCGCAGGGUGAGAAAGGUGCUCCCGGUGUCCAGGGUAUCCGGGGUGACAAGGGUGAUAUGGGUGAGCAGGGACGUACGGGAGCGCAGGGUAUGGCUGGACCGCCGGGCGCACCGGGACCGGUAGGACCGCGCGGUUUGACGGGACACCGGGGCGAGAAGGGAAAUUCGGGACCGCUUGGACCACCGGGAGCUCCCGGACGGGACGGAAUGCCCGGUGCACCGGGACUUCCAGGCUCGAAGGGUGUCAAGGGUGAUCCGGGUCUGUCCAUGGUGGGUCCACCCGGCCCGAAAGGUAAUCCAGGUUUGCGAGGACCGAAGGGAGAUCGGGGAGGUAUGGGUGAUCGUGGCGAUCCAGGAUUGCCCGGUUCGGUUGGUUUUCCAGGCGACAAGGGAGAUUCGGGUACACCUGGUCCUCCCGGGUAUCCGGGUGAGGUCGGACCGAAGGGUGAAGCAGGUCCGAUAGGACCGGCCGGACAUCCCGGAGCACCCGGACGUCCCGGUGUGGACGGUGUGAAGGGUUUGCCCGGUUUGAAGGGUGACAUUGGUGCGCCGGGUGUGAUUGGACUGCCCGGACAGAAGGGCGACAUGGGACAGGCAGGCAACGACGGUCUGAAGGGAUUCCAAGGUCGGAAAGGCAUGAUGGGUGCCCCGGGCAUUCAAGGUGUUCGUGGACCGCAAGGUGCGAAGGGUGAACAGGGCGAAAAGGGCGAUAGAGGUGAGAUCGGUAUGAAGGGUUUGACGGGACAAACGGGACAGCCCGGUAUGGUGGGGCCGAAGGGAGAUAAGGGCCUGUCCGGAUUGCCGGGACCGGCCUGCUUACCGGGAAUUUCCGGCGAGAAAGGUGACAAAGGAUACACCGGACCGGAAGGACCACCGGGUGAAGCGGGUGCAGCAUCGGAGAAGGGCCAAAAGGGAGAACCGGGUGUACCGGGACUUCGCGGUAAUGAUGGACUGCCUGGCUUGGAAGGUCCGGCCGGACUGAAGGGAGAUGCCGGUGUGCCCGGCUAUGGACGACCGGGACCACAGGGCGAGAAGGGUGACGUCGGCCUGACGGGCAUAAACGGACUGCCGGGCUUGAAUGGUGUGAAGGGCGAUAUGGGAGUGCCAGGAUUCCCUGGCGUAAAGGGUGACAAGGGUACCACCGGACUGCCCGGUGUUCCCGGAGCACCAUGCAUGGACGGACUGCCGGGCGCUGACGGCCCGGUUGGACCGCGCGGUUACGACGGUGAGAAGGGCUUCAAGGGUGAACCAGGGCGUAUCGGUGAACGCGGAGAACAGGGAGAGAAGGGUGAUCUGGGACUUACGGGUCAGGUUGGUCUUAUGGGUCGGAAGGGUGAUCGCGGUAUACCUGGUUCGCCGGGUCUUCCCGCUACUGUUGCUGCCAUUAAGGGUGACAAGGGUGAACCUGGCUUCCCGGGUGCUAUUGGCCGGCCUGGUAAGGCGGGAGCACCGGGACUUCCGGGGGAGAUGGGACCUAAAGGAGAGAUGGGCAAUCAGGGACUGCCUGGAUUGCCGGGUCCGGCUGGUUUAAACGGAUUGCAGGGCAUGAAAGGCGAUAUGGGACCGAUGGGAGAGAAAGGUGACACCUGUCCCGUUGUGAAGGGCGAGAAGGGUCUACCAGGUCGACCGGGCAAGCUGGGCCGCGAUGGACCACCGGGACUGACGGGCGAAAAGGGUGAUAAGGGAUUGGCGGGAUUGCCUGGACCGAUGGGCCCUCCCGGACCUCCAGGGCCGCUUGGCCGGCAGGGCGAGAAAGGUGACCGGGGUGAUUCCGGUUUGAUGGGACGCCCUGGCCAGGAUGGACUGCCGGGACCGCAAGGACAGCGCGGUUUACCAGGACCUCAGGGCGAAAAGGGUGACCAUGGACCUCCAGGUUUCAUCGGUCCGAAGGGUGAGAAGGGUGAGCGGGGCCGCGACGGAUUGAACGGUUUGAAUGGGCCACAGGGUUUGAAGGGUGACCGCGGCAUGCCCGGACUGGAAGGUGUCGCCGGUCUGCCCGGUAUGGUGGGCGAGAAAGGUGAUCGUGGCUUAUCAGGCAUGGCUGGUUUGAACGGUGCGCCGGGCGAGAAGGGUCAGAAAGGUGAAACACCUCAGCUACCACCGCAGCGCAAGGGACCACCCGGACCGCCUGGUUUUAAUGGACCGAAGGGUGACAAGGGUUUGCCAGGGUUGGCGGGACCGUCCGGCAUUCCCGGUGCUCCCGGUGCGCCUGGUGAGAUGGGACUUCGUGGAUUCGAGGGUGCACGCGGUUUGCAGGGUCUCCGGGGUGACGUCGGUCCGGAAGGACGGGUCGGACGCGAUGGUACGCCGGGUCUACCGGGUCCAAAGGGAGAGCCGGGUCGGGACUGUGAAUCGGCACCGUACUACACCGGCAUCCUGCUGGUACGGCACAGCCAAUCGGAUGAAGUGCCCGUGUGCGAACCGGGCCAUCUGAAACUGUGGGACGGCUACUCGCUACUGUACGUUGAUGGUAACGACUACCCGCACAACCAGGACCUCGGCUCGGCCGGUUCCUGCGUGCGGAAGUUCUCCACACUGCCCAUACUGGCCUGUGGACAGAACAACGUCUGCAACUAUGCCUCGCGCAACGAUCGAACGUUCUGGCUGUCGACGUCGGCACCGAUUCCGAUGAUGCCAGUCACGGAGAAUGAGAUGCGACCGUACAUCUCGCGCUGCACGGUAUGCGAAGCGCCCACCAACGUUAUAGCCGUGCACAGCCAGACGCUUCAUAUUCCCGAAUGUCCGAAUGGAUGGGAUGGUCUGUGGAUCGGUUACAGUUUCCUUAUGCACACCGCCGUCGGACAUGGCGGUGGAGGUCAGUCACUGUCCGGUCCGGGAUCGUGUCUGGAGGACUUCCGUGCCACACCCUUCAUUGAGUGUAACGGAGGCAAGGGUCACUGCCAUUAUUACGAAACCCAAACCUCCUUCUGGCUGGUGUCGCUCGAGGACCACCAGCAGUUCCAGCGACCGGAGCAGCAAACGCUCAAGGCUGGCAACCUGCUCAGCCGAGUAUCUCGGUGCCAAGUGUGCAUCCGCCAUUGA